AGUUCUCCUUCUCUCGUGUGUGUCUGUCGAGCAAGCUGAGCCUUAGGCAAGAUAUAGGAGGAUACUUUUGCGCGAGGUCCGAAUACGAAUACGGUGAAGGCACCUGGCGACUUUUCACGGCCUCCGAACGGAAUCCCGAACUUCGAGACAAUGGUCGUCACGGAAUUCCAGGACAUCAUCCAAUUCUCAACCGGAAAUCCUGAGUCCUCUCGAAAGAUUUUGAUCUAUUUCGUCCCGGGAAAUCCAGGCUUGGUGGAGUACUAUCGAAGAUUCCUGGAACAUUUGCGUGGACUGCUCCGUGAGGCUAAAAGAAAAGAGCACAUCCUGAUCUACGCAGCCAGCCAUGACGGCUUUGAGUUCCAGGAGGAGACGAAACGCCUACACAAUCAUCAGAAUCAUGCACCUCCGUACUCGCUCGCCGAAGAAGUUCAGGGCUUGAUAUCGAAAAUCAGCACGCGAGCUCAUCAGACUGCGGAAGAACAUCCUGGUUCGACAUUGGAUGUCAUACUGGUUGGACAUUCGGUUGGCUCGUAUAUGCUGCUUGAAGCCAUUGAGUGGUAUCAGCAGCAAACCUCGGAAAAGGCAGUGUACAACAUCAUUGGCGCGAUUUGCCUCUUUCCAACAAUCGUGGAUAUGUUUCGGAGCGAUAAAGGCCGCGUUUUCAAAUGGAUCCUCCCAAUCCCUGGUCUCGGUCUAGCUUUGACUGGAAUCAUCAGACUCUUACAAUUCUUCUCCCCCGGUCUCCUCACGAGUUUAGCGAAGAAGCACACUCCAGGCCCGGAAGGCUGGGAGGUCACAGAAGCCUUGGCAAAAAGCGACUAUGGCAUUCGACAAGUGAUAUACAUGGCCCGCCGCGAACUUUCAGAAAUCACACACGACAAAUGGCACCCUGCAACGCUCUGGGGUGUCGUAGACGAAAACGACGCAUCCCACCUCAAUGCCAGAACGAAACUUUUCUUCCUCUGGGCCCACAAAGACUACUGGGUUCACGACGACACCCGAGACGAAAUCAUCGCAAAACGCCGCACGAGAGGAACUCACGAGACACGACAUUGGCCGUGCAUGGAACUUUUGGAGAAUGAAGACAUUCCGCAUACGUUUUCUCUUGAUCCUGAACAUUGUCGUUGUGUGGCUAUGAAGACUGCGGAGUGGAUUGUUGAGGGUUUGCUUGAAGGCGUGAGGUAGAUGUAGAGGUACCGUCCUGAGCGACUGGAAUUCCUUCCUUUUCGAAGAUUUUACCGGUAUAUGCCAUAUUCUUGAUCAUCGCUCUCCCAUCGAUUCGGCUCUUCGUGCUCGGGCCAUUUGUCGUCUGUGUCGCGAGGCGUUUCGGCGAUGAGGUGGCGUUGGAAUUGCUUUUGGUAAGGCAUGGUGACUGCGAGUGAUGGAUGGUAGAAGAAGGUGAGGAUUUGUUUCUUUGGUGGGUGGUGAGACCGGCUCGAAGAUGUAUGUUGUUGUGAUUUGAUGGAUGAUGGAAGAUGAGAAGGAGGAUUUUUUUUGUUUUUUACUUAUUUCUCAGCUGGAUGAGGGCUGUGCUCUGAGACGAAGGCUAGAAACAUCGAUUCAUUCUGUUGCAAGACAUUUUCGCAUACACACACCGAACAUUUGACUCCG